AUGUCGCACAGAAAUGUAACGGCUCCCGUCUCUCCCUCGGAUGCAGCCCGCGAAAAUUCCACGGCAACCUCAAGCGCGACGACAGAAAAGUACCCAGCCAACACUUCCACGUACCAACAGUUUCCCGAAGUCGUGCCCGAGGCUCCAUUCCAGCCUCACGGACAACCAGAACUCGUCUAUCAACAGCAGCAGUACCCUUAUGCAAAUGCCUACGCACCAGAAGCGGGCCAGCCGGUGUCGCCUCCCCCCAGACCCAAUCCCUGGGGCCUGUCGCCGCUCGCGUUCGGACUGUUGGUGGGAGCAAUUACGGCCGUUGUGGUGGGCGGCGCAGUGGGCGGUGGUGUUGCAGGAGCGCUGUCAGGGGACAACUCGAACUCAUCAAGUCUACAAGUUUCAACAGUGACCGUCACCUCGAGUGCGACAGCGACUCUAACGCAGUCAACCACAACCUCGUCCGGUCUCCCCGCCCCCGCGUCGCUGGAAAACUUCGUCGUACCUGAACCUUAUUACGUCGAUAGCCUACAAGACCCUGGCUGUGCGAACAGCAACUCCCGAAUCGACGUUCAAUACGACACCUCUUUCGACAUCUUUUGCGGUGUCGACAUGUUGAACCACGUUGCGGACGAGAACAACCCGGACUUACAGGUCGCUGAUGUGGUGGGCUUGUUCGCUUACAGCCUCACCGAUUGUCUGUACGCUUGCGCCAACGCAAUACAUUUCACCCAGUUGUAUGGUCAAGAUCAGCCAGGUGGGAACAUGCAGACGUGUGCAGGGGUCACGUGGACCUAUCAGAUGGCCCAGAGUAACUCGUCAAACUAUGCGAAUUGUUGGUUAAAAAAUGGUACGUCGACUGGAUUUCAGAGCAAUACAUGCAUCAGUGCGAAGCUGGUCACGUGA